UUUUGGGAUGGUUAUGACACAUUUUUGCAGAUAAGAUGCUCAAUCAUAGACCCCACACAACGCAUGAACUAUAUCAAGUUUUAGACCCCGCGCAUCUAAAUACCACCCACAGCAGAAAUCUUGCUCUGUAUUGGGAUUUUCGAAAGAGUAAAAUCAGGGUGAAGAUGGCAGACCUGAGCAUGGGCAUUCUAAUAGAUAUUGUGGAUGAAGAAUGGAUGCAAGAAACAUUACCAGAUGAUGAAGUUCCUUUGCCUGCAGGACUGAUGCAUCCAGGGGAUGAAAUUGAAGAUAACAGUCAGGAGGAGCUUCCUCAACAUUGGGAAGACAAAUGGCACGACCUUGCCUUGCACACUAUCAAAUGAAAAUGGACAAUCUGAUGACCAACAAUAGCUUAUUUAUAUCGGUUUUAUUGUAGAUCAGUGUGACUCUGCAUUACUGAGCUGGAAGCUUAUGAUAAACUAUUUACAUAUUAUUUAUGGCCCACAAGGUUUGGUUAGUCAUGUCUUGUUUCUCAACUUUUUUUUCUUUCUUGGUAGUUUUUUGACCUUGAGUUCUCUAUAUAAAAAUUGACAACCCAGUAAGAUAAGUUUUGUGAAUC